AUGGAAAGAUUUUUUGGAAAGAAUUCGGCUCUGGGUACAGUCUAUUUCAAUGGAUCUACUGCUGCAUACCCAUGCACAAGUAUAGUAGAAGAUUCCAAUGAAAGUCAAUUUAAAUGUAAAUUUGGGAAAGAACCAUCCCCAGGAGACGACACUCUUUUAUUAAGUAUCCCCAAUGGAAAUGUAUCAACAUCUUUUACAAUCCCCUAUAAAUCAAAUAUUUUAUCAUAUUCAUUAGAACCAUCAACGUACCCACCAUUGUUUUUAGAUUUAAAUGGUUAUUUUGGUGAAAAUGCAAAUCAAACAAUUAUUUUUAUAAAUACACAGGAUGACCCUUAUCCUUGCCUGGUUAAAAGUUCAAACAUAUCUUUUAUUCAUUGUCAAUUUGAAAAACAACCUUUACCAGGAUCAUCCCAUAUUAAUUUAAUUUUGGAUAAUAGAACCUAUGUUGAUCCAAUAUUUUAUAUUCCUUCAAAUACAACGAUAUCAACUGUAAUUAUAGAUCCUCCCUCAUACCCACCAAUUAAAAUUUAUAUAGUUGGAUUUUUUGGAGUAAAUUCAACAAGUGCUGUCAUUUUUUUUAAUGGUUCCACAAACGCAAAUGAUUGUACCAUGAUACAUGCAAAUGAAACAGUUAUCGAAUGUCAUUUUGGUAGUCAGGCAAUACCAGGUUUAACGGGUAUCAAAGUAAAUGUACCAAAUGGAGAUUGUUCAUCACAAUUUAAUAUACCUUAUCCUACAAUGAUAACAUCAAUAUCAUUAGAACCAACUACGUAUCCAACUGAUCAUUUAUAUUUACAUUUAUAUGGAUAUUUUGGAAAGAAUGCCGACGAUGGACUACUUUAUGUUGGUGAGCCAAGCCAACCAUAUUAUUCAGUUAGAGUGAGAGCGUCUGAAAAGGAUUUUCUUUGUCGAUUUGAUAAUAUACCUCCAUCUGGUCCAACAAGAUUGACAAUCAACGUACCAAACGGGGAGUAUUUAUCAAAUACAUUAUUAUUCAUUCCUUAUCCAUUACCGACUGAUAAUGAGUGUAUGACUAGGACAAAUAAUUGUAGUGGUCGUGGUAAAUGCGAAAAUGGUUAUUGUAAAUGUGAUAGUUUGGAUUGGUAUGAUGAUUGUAAAUUUAACAUAUCAAAUAAUCAAAUUUCAAAACAAGUUUUUAGUUCUAACAAUCCAACAAUAUCGUAUCAAUACGAUGAUUAUUUAUUCAAAUUUGAUUUAAUUGCAAUUCAAGAAGUAGAUAUUAAUAAUCAAACAAUUAGAGAAUUAAAAACAACCGGUAAUUGGUAUUAUACAGAUAAAUCAACAGAUCAAUUAAAAUCAUUGGAGUAUCAAAUCAAAAACAGUAAAGGACUAUACGAAAAUACUACAAUUAUUUCGACAAUUCAAGCAUCAAAUGAUAAUGAUAGUAGAACUAUUCAAUUUGGAGGUGAAAGUAUUUAUAUUGGUAAUAAUAGUAUUAAAUUAUCAGUAUCAAUUAAAGAAUGGCCCUAUUCAAUGGUUUCAGAAUCACCACAUCUCGUUGUACUAUUCUCAACCACAAUUAAUAAUAAUCAAACUAUUAUUGGAUGUGACGGAUCCAUUCAUCAUAUAGAAACAUUCCAAUCAUUCCAAGAUAGUGAUUCAAUUGAAUUUAUUCGGAUCAUUUCCAAUGAUAUUCAAUUCUUUGGACAAUUCCUACCAUUUGUGAUAUCAAACAACAAACCAACGUACUCCAAAAUAGAAUUAAUCAACACAACUAGAAUCAAUGAUCAACAAUCGAUUGCAUUGAUUGGUAUUCAUCUUCCACAAUGUCAACUAUGUUUGAUUGAUCCUCAAUUCACACCGCUUCAAAUUGACCGGGAACUAUUUGGACAAGGAGACUGCAGCCAACAACCACCACAAAAAGUAAAUCCAAAAAGAAAUUGGGUAUUCACGAUUAUGAUAGUGGUUGUUGUCACUGUAACAGCGAUCAUUAUAUCGGUUAUAGUUUUUAAAAAGUCACCAAAGAUCAUCAGAGAUUAUCGAAGAUCUCGUCAUCACUUUAUUCCAAUGACAGAAAUGGGUGCAAAACCAAGAAGUCAUCAAGAGUAA